GGGGGCGGAUCGGGUAGUGACCCGUCUCGGCUGGUAAACAAACCUUGCACGUCUCUCGUCAGAGACACUGAGAGAGAGAGAGAGAAGAGAGUGAUUCUUCUUCUCUUCCAUUCCAUUCUCUCUAUUCAUCGAUCAAUACUUCAAUACUUACUCACUUUCAAUCUUCUCAUCUUUUUCGAUUCUCUCCCCAAAAAUCAAAAUCAAAACCAAAACCAUCCAAGUCCUUUUGUCUCCCUUCCACUCCCACACAGUGUUCGAUUGGAUUCGUUCGACCCUACUUCAAUCUAUCUUAUUGUUACUCUCGCUUCGUAGUAAAGCUCCAUUUCCUUGAACAUUCUUGUCUGAAAUCUUUCUUCUACGCCUCCUGAUUUCCAGGAACUGAUGGGGAAAAAAGUCAAAAAGAAGAGCCGGGCUUCUGCCAAAGAAAAGGGGGUUGCUACCCAUUCUCCAAGAAAGGUUAUGGAAUCUUGCAACCUGACUGCGGAGUCUGUUGGUGAGGGGGUUUUAGUUGCAAAAGAGACAAAUUCUUGCCCUCAUAUUGUAAAAGGUGUUAAUUUAAAUAGAUUGUCUAGUAUGAUUGGGUCUUCUGGAUCCAUAAGAUGCGAAGACUGUAGAGAAGGUGCUGCUGAUAGGAGGAGUAGUAAAGGAAAAGGUAAACAUGGGAAGAAGAAAGGUGGUGCAUCAUUAGACUCAAAAUCCGAGUCAAAGUCUUUAUGGGUCUGUUUGGAGUGUGGUCAAUAUACUUGUGGAGGUGUGGGGCUGCCUAUAACACCUCGAUGCCAUGUGGUAGGGCAUGCAAGGAAAAACGGGCAUCCCUUAGUAGUUCAUUUUGAUAAGCCUCAACUAUGUUGGUGUUUUCCUUGCAAUAUGCUUAUUCAAGUUGAUAAAAUUGAAAAAACCGAUGAAACCAGUCAUCUUUCUGAUGUUGUGAAAUUGUUGAAAGGACGAUCUUUGGAAAAAUCAUCAGUGGAUAUUGAGGAUGUUUCCUUAGGGGGUGGCAUUGUUAAUUCAGAAAUUAAGUCAGAAGAUCUGUUAACCAAUGAUUCAUAUGGACAAGGGGGUUAUGUAGUUCGAGGUAUGGUUAAUCUUGGGAAUACUUGCUUCUUCAAUUCAAUCAUGCAAAAUCUGCUAGCUAUGAAUAGAUUGCGGGACAGCUUUCUAAAGUUAGAUGCUCCUGUUGGACCACUUAUUAAUUCCUUGAAGAAGCUUUUCACAGAAACAAACCCUGAUUCAGGAUUGAAAAAUGUUAUAAAUCCUAGAUCCUUUUUUGGUUGUGUAUGUUCUAAAUCACCGCAGUUUCGAGGAUAUCAGCAGCAUGAUAGUCAUGAAUUGCUCCGUUGUUUACUGGAUGGGUUGAGUACUGAAGAACUAACUGGAAGGAAACAGAAUGGUUCUCCCAAGAUAGAUGGGAUCUCUUCCAAUACUUUAGUUGAUACUUUAUUUGGGGGUCAGAUAUCUAGUACUGUAUGUUGCAUAGAAUGUGGGCAUUUCUCAACAGUGUAUGAACCUUUUUUAGAUCUUUCACUUCCUGUUCCAACUAAGAAACCUCCACCUCGAAAGGCCCAACAAGUAUCUCGAACCAAAAAAGCAAAACUUCCACCAAAAAAAGUUGGAAAGACUCGAGUUAAAGUUAACAGGGAUACCGAUCCAUUACCUGUUCAAAAUGUAUCAAACCAAUUAUCCAGCCAUGAAUCGUCUCGCCCUGAUCUGUCCAUCAUAUCGGUUUCUGGAGGGAUGGGGACUUCUCCUGGUGAUUCUACAGUACUGGGUUCUGAAGAAAGAAGCAGUGUGGCUGAUAAAGAUGACCUGUCUUCACCUAAUUUGGUUACUGCUGGAGAGUCUCAACAUAUGCAAGUGCUCGACAGUGGUGCAGGGAAACCAUCAGCUUCAGAUAAUUUUACAUGGUUGGAUUUUGUGGAAGCUGGAACCAUGGUAGAUGAAUGUGAUUUCAUUUCCCAGAAGGAGGAUGCUCCAGAGAUACAGGAUACUGAGAGCAAGGAUAAAUGCUUAAAUGAGUUCCCUGCACAGGCUAGCUGUGAAUCUAGUGGUUCGGUUUGUUUCCUAAAGGAGGAUCAAGACCAAAGGCCUGAUUCUUCAGCAAAUGGGUGGGAAGAUGAGAUUCCAUUACAAGUUCAAGGUUCAGAAGUGCUGUUACUUCCAUACAAAGAAGAAAGUUCCUCUGCUGGUGAGAUUGUUGGAAAAGAUGGUGAGGGCUCCUCAUCAGUUUUGGGUGGUGGUCAAGAAGAAUUGGAGUUUGAUGGCUUUGGUGACUUAUUCAAUGAGCCUGAAGUUGUUGUUGGACCUUCUCCCAGACCUUCUUCAUGUAGUGAGGUCACAGAAGCUGGUUUUGUCAUUGGAAGCAACAGUGAAUCUGACCCUGAUGAAGUAGAUGAUACAGAUUCUCCGGUUUCUGUGGAGAGUUGCUUGGCACAUUUUAUAAAACCUGAGUUGCUCUCAGAUGAAAAUGCAUGGCAUUGUGAGAACUGUUCAAAAGUUCUCCAACGUCAAAAGAUGGAAGAAAAAACACAGACUAGAACUGUAUCCGAUGGAAAUGGGAGAGGAAGUCAUGAUGAACCAUGGCAUGCACCUAACUCUUGUCCCUUUAAAACCAAAAGCAUUAGAAAUGAGGACAUAAAAAAUGACAAAAAUAUAGAAACCUCUGUUUCACAUGUUAAACAUGGCAGAGAGCUUGAAAAUGGUCAAAGAGAUAACUUGAGUUUAAUUAAUGAAAGGGAUCAUGGGGCAUUUGAAAUGGAAGAUAAACAUAAUGAUGAAUUACAGUCUUCAGGUUUUCAUGAAGCUUGCAAUGAAGAAAGGUGCAAUCUUUCAGCUGCUGAUUCUUGUAUUACCGAAAAUGUCCAAAGAAGAGAUUCUCUGGUUUUAGGCAGUGAUAACAAUGACUUAGAAGAGACUGACUCAAGAAGUGUGAAAGUGAAGAGGGAUGCAACUAAGAGAGUCCUCAUUUAUAAAGCUCCGCCUGUCUUGACCAUUCAUCUGAAGAGAUUUAGCCAAGAUGCCCGUGGUCGCUUAAGUAAAUUAAAUGGCCAUGUCAAUUUCAGAGAAGUAAUGGAUAUUAGAACAUAUAUUGAUCCCAGGUGCAUGAAUGAAGACACGUAUGAAUACCAUUUAGUUGGUGUAGUGGAGCACUCGGGAACUAUGAGAGGGGGUCACUAUGUUGCCUAUGUGAGAGGGGGCCAGAGGAACAGAGGGAAGGGUGAUCGAGUGAAUGAGUGUUCCACAUGGUAUCAGGCAAGUGAUGCAUAUGUACGUGAAGUUUCCCUUGAUGAAGUUCUUCGCUGUGAGGCAUACAUUUUAUUCUAUGAAAAAAAUUUGAAUGGAUCGUCUACUUUUUAGGUUUUAUAUUUGAGGGAGGGAUAGAGAGGUUUACUAAAUUGAUGAGAGGGAGAUAAAUCAUUGCAGGUGAGUGUAAAAGCAAUUACCGUAUAUUGUAUACCAUUUUUUCAACAUGUAAUGAGAUCUUGAAUGUACAAUGCGAUAUCAUAAAAUCAAAAGUCAAUUUUUCCCC